UGUAAGAAUGUUUGAAGACAAGACUUCCUUCAUCUUUUUAUCGAGUCAGAUCGAUUCAAUUACCUGAUCGUAUCUACCUUUUCUCGCCAAGCCACUUACGAAUUUAUCGCUUGCUUGAAAAGACAAUGAGCCGACGUGAAAUGUUCUUCUUCGAGAUGGAUAAAGAAAGAAAGAAAGAAUGAGUGAAGGAGAGAGAUGGAGAGAGAAAGAGAGAGGUAGAAAGAAAGAGAUAGAAAGAAAGAGAGAGAGAGGUAAAAAGAGAGAGACUGUAAUGUGCAAUGGCAUUUACCGGUUGCUCCUUUCACGCAAAACGUUCGCGUUCCAGUCUUGUCUCUUCCUUCGAAGACGGAUCAGGAUCGACAUGGUGUAAUGAGAAUAAUGGAAAACAACCAUAGGAUGUUAUACGUGAACUCGUAGAAAUAUAGAGUAAAGAAAGAAAGAGAUAAUAAGAUAGAAGGUGUACACGAAGGAAAUUUGAGUGAACAUCCUAAGUUCAUUUUCGUUACUUUCACUUGAACUCAUUGUAUCGUCGUAUAGUAGAUAGUUUAUACGUUAAAUCGGCGAUUUUAUUCAUAUUAUUAAAAAACACUUUUCGAAAAUCUUGUCUCGAUUGUGUUUUUCGGAAUGGAGGGCCGAGUAGAAUCGUGGAUUCUCGGAAUCGUUUUACAUUGCACCAUAUUCAUCGUUCUUGCACGUCCCGAAGAAGUAUUUAAUACAACGCCCCCACCGUUGAGAACAAAUUUUUCCUGUUUUGGUAGAGUCAUGGGAUUCUACGCAGACAUUGAAGCAGAUUGUAAGGUUUAUCACACGUGUGACGACCAUGGCAACAAGUUCAGCUAUCGUUGCCCGGAAGAAACGGCCUUCCGACAAGAUGCCUUGAUUUGUGAUCACGCGAGACUCGUCGAUUGUUGUGCUACAACUUACGACGGUAAAAAGUCUCUUCGUGGGAGUACAAGUGAAGAAGAAAAUCUAGGCUUAAACGUACCUUCGCUCUUCAAUGUUCCACCGUCGUUGGAUAACUCGAACGAUCACCGUUCCUUUUCUAGAUCCUUCCAAGUAAUUCAACCUCCUGACCAAUCGUUAACUGAUAAGACGCAACCUGGCUUUGUUUUCAGUGCCAGGGUUUUCUUGAGAAAUCGACAGGAUCAUGAUCUUCAUAGGAAGUCAAUGAACCUUCAGGAGACCGAACCUAUUCUAGACAAAUCUCGAUGCAAUCGUAAUGAAGAACAAAAAACGGCAACAGAUUCCAAUCCGAAAAAGCAGGUCUUUCAGUUUUCCUCGACACCUCGUUCAUUCUCUCGUGAUUCUAAGGAAGACUCUUCUUUGUCUAAUCGAUUCUCGAGUUUCACGCGGUCAGAUUUAGAAACGAAGGGCUUACUUGGUCGAACGUUCGUCAACGUGCCAGUGAUUUCCACGAAAACUCAACCACCUCGAAAGAAUUCUUUCCAAACUACUACUGUCUUUUCUUCGAGCACGAAACUUCCAACUAACGAUAUUCCUAGACCCUACUCAAACACUUACAAUAAUAGAGAUUACCCUUAUUUUGAGACUCUCAGAUCGAUCCAGGCCAAUGCUAAGUCAACGAUCACGACUACAUCAAGAACGACGAUAGCUACCACAGAAAUUCCUGUUCAUGCUCUUACUAUGUCUUUGAAGCCCUUAGUACCCAAUGAAUUGGAAUACGAUCCUUAUUAUCCAAGGACUCCAACCUCUACGGAAGCUUAUUACACGGAUAGCCACAUCAACAAGGGUUUCGAAUCCUUUCGGUAUACGACGCAACCAUCUUGGUCGGGUAUCCACUUUGAAAUACCAGCUGUUUUGCCUGAUCUUAACACUUUGGAGGAUCUCGUAGAUCGUCGAAAAUUAUUCUACAUUCCUCGUGUUACCAGACAUUAAUUUUAAUCUAUAA